AUGGCGGAUAGUCAUGGCCUGCAAGGCUCCGCCAAUUCCAGAAGUAAUAGCCGUAUUUUGGCUGAGUCUUUAUCUCGUGUAGCGGAAUUGAAUGAAGAAAGUGGUUCUAUGGUGGAAUCUGACUUAUCGGAGUUGAAUACAUCAUGUGUAGACCGAGAUAUUGGCGAAGGUGUCGGAGGGGAUUUGGCUUCAAAAUCCGACGAGGCAUACGAGGAUUUUCUGAAGGCUAUUAAAGCUGGAAAUACUGAGGUAACAGAGAUAUUGAAAUACGUAAACAUUAUAGAAAGAGAUAUUCUAGAUACCUCAACUGAGGAAGUUAAACAAAAACUAUUAAAGUACAGUUCGAUCAGUCUAAAUGGUAUGAGGACAGGGAUAAUUGAGCUUUGUAAACAUAAGUUUUCUCAAUUUCCAAAGAGUAAACCAUUCCGGCGAUUAAACAGACAGGGAGGGCGUCCUGCAACCGAGAAAUUAGCAACGGAUAUACUUAAUCUGGUGAAAUUUUGUAGUUCAGGCGAGGUGACAAGUGAAAUAAAUGAUAUAUUUCCGAAACCGCCAUCUCAGGGUGUACAAUCUUUCUUGAAUGUUGUGGCCGAAAAUGCAGAUGAAUUUCAAAACUUAAUUAAUCCUAAGUGCAGCCAAGACGAACGAGAGCGAUUCUCGUCGCUUUUAGAAAAGCUAGACGAGAAUUAUUAUCAACUAAAAGACGAUUUUGAUCAGGCUAUGAUAAGCAUGAAGCAGGAAAUUACUGAUUUAAAAAAAAAUAUGUGCGAUAAAGAAGUUAAAAUUUCGACUUUAAAGGAACAGUGUGCCGAGUUGAAAGCAAGCAUUUCCGAAAGGGACACUAAAAUCUGCUCACUAGAGUCCGAAAUAGCUACCUUUAAAGCAAAUUAUAAACUGGAAAAACAGAUUGUGACUGACAAUUUAAUGAGUCAGAAUUUGAAAUUGGCAGAUAAGCAUGAUACUUUGGCCAAACUUGAGGAAAAAUCUAACAAAUGUUUUAAAGAAAUCGAUAAGCUAAAAAAACAACUAUCUACAAACAACAGGUUAUAUGAGCCAGAAAACACAGGAGAUUCGAGUGAUACAUUGUUUACCAUUAAUGAGCAUUCGCCUAAUUCGCGGGCGAAGCAGGGAAACAAAGAAAGCCAAUCUUCCGUGUCAAAUGCAAAACCAAAUGCAAAUACUGAUCAAAGUAACAAGCCCCUCGUCAACACAGAACAAAACAUUAACCCGGGCAAUCAAUCAGAACAGUCAAUAAUUCAAAAUAAGGAAACAAAUGAUAAAUCCAAUGCAGAAACUCCUGCAAUAGACAAAACCGCUACUGGGGUUAAUUUAAACGAACACGAGAGUUCAGAUUUCGUCGGGGUACAAAGAAAAAAAAUAAAACGGCUAUAUCUCGGAGGCGUGCGUCUGGACACAACCAUAGAAAAAAUUAAAGAAUACAUGAAGCAAAAAGGCAUUUCGCCAACGUUUAUUCGAAUUUUUAACAGCAAAAGAAAAGGCACAAUUGCUGUCCGAGUUAACGUUAACGAGGAAGAUUUUGAUUGUGUAUGUAACAAUGACUUUUGGCCAAAUCAUGUCUAUGCUAGGCAGUGGCUGUCAAAACAAAGUUGGGAAAAAAGAGGUGUAUUACAUAACCAAAAUACGAGCCAACAAAACUAA